AUGGCGGCGGCCCCGCUGUACUGUGUCUGCCGGCAGCCCUACGAUGUGAGCCGGUUUAUGAUCGAGUGCGACAUCUGUAAAGACUGGUUCCACGGCAGCUGCGUGCAGGUAGAAGAGCAUCAUGCUGUGGAUAUCGAUGUUUACCACUGUCCCAACUGUGAUCCUAAACAUGGACCCUCCCUGAUGAAAAAGCGCAACAACUGGCACAGACAUGACUACACAGAGCCAGAUGAUGGAUCAAAACCAGUGCAAGCUGGCACCCCAAUGUUUAUCAAGGAGCUGCAGAGCAGGACCUUCGCCAGUGGCGAUGAGAUCUUGAUGCGGAUGAAGGGUGAGCAGGUGUCACCCAGGUAUCUGGAGAGGCAAGGCUUCAACUACCCCAUAGCCAUCACUGAGAUGGAGGGCCUGGGACUCAAACUACCCGACCCUACUUUCGGUGUCAAAGAUGUGGAGCAGUAUGUGGGUGGCGAUAAGGUCAUUGACGUGAUAGAUGUGGCACGUCAGGCGGACAGCAAGAUGAAGCUCAGCGAGUUUAUCAAGUAUUUCACCAAGCCCCAUCGACCCAAAGUCCUCAACCUCAUCAGCCUGGAGUUCUCUGAUACCAAGAUGGCUGAGCUGGUGCAGGUCCCUGACGUGGCUCAGAAUAUGUCCUGGGUAGAGAACUACUGGCCGGACGACUCCUUCUUCCCCAAACCCUUUGUCCAGAAGUACUGCCUUAUGGGGGUCAAGGACAGCUACACAGAUUUCCACAUAGACUUCGGAGGCACCUCCGUCUGGUACCAUGUUCUCUGGGGUGAGAAGAUCUUCUACUUGAUCAAACCCACCCCCACCAACCUUGCACUAUACGAGGCAUGGAGCUCCUCGCCCAAUCAGAGUGAAGUGUUCUUUGGGGACAAAGUGGACAAGUGUUACAAGUGUAUUGUGCCCCAAGGAACCACCCUGCUCAUCCCUACAGGCUGGAUCCAUGCUGUUCUCACCUCUCAGGAUUGCAUGGCGUUUGGAGGGAACUUCCUUCACAACCUCAAUAUUGGCAUGCAGCUCAGGUGUUAUGAAAUGGAGCGUCGUCUGAAAACCCCAGACCUCUUUAAGUUUCCGUACUUUGAGGCCAUCUGUUGGUACGUGGCCAAGAACCUCCUGGAAACCUUAAAAGAGCUACGAGAAGACAACUGUCCACCGCCAACCUACCUGGUGGAGGGAGUGAAGGCUUUAAUCAGUGCACUGAGGACCUGGUUGAAAAGAGAGGUGAAUGAGCCCACCAGUGAGGUACCAGACCAUAUCAGGCCUAACCAUCUCAUUAAAGAGCUGACCAAGGAAAUCCGCUACCUGGAGGAGGAACCAGGCAGUGUUAACAAGCCAGUGAAAUCUCAGGGAAGUGGGUGUGGACUGCCGUCUGGAUCCAAUGCGUGCCCGGCUACUCGCUCCACGCUGGAGAGGCUGUGCCAGGCCCGGCGGGCGAGAAGGGCCGCCAGGCGGUUGAGGGAGCAGCAACGGCACGCUCCCAAGGUGCCAUCCAACCUGGACAUCUUAGAGCGGCACACCAGGGAGGUGCUGAGGAGGCUGGAGGUGGGACCGCUGGAGGAGGACCCAGUGUUCUGUGCCAAGGUUCACGCGAAGUUCAACAAAGUGUCAACUGCAUCUGCAUCUGCGGCUGCUGCUGAGUCUUUAGAGGACAACCACCUACGACUCAUGCUGGUGAACGGCAGGAUCAUCAGAGAUAUGAGGAGGCCGGCCACGAGUCCGAUAAAGACGGAGGAUGAGAGGAUACCCAUCGGUCAACCUCCACCGAGGAGUUGCGUGGACGUCAAGUCGCAGAGGAUGCAGGACAGUCGAGAGCAGCACAGCACGGUCGAGAAACCCGCACUCCUCAUGGGUCUCGAGAGGGUGAAGACUGAACUCAGGGAAGAAGUCUCAGGACACUCCAGUGUGUCGGGCGUGGAGUCAGACAGUGACUCUCCCACAGAGCAUAAAGCAUCAUCGUCAUCGUCGUUGUCGUCCUCCUCCUCCUCCUCAUCCUCCUCUUCCGACGAGGAUUCUGAAAGCUCCCAGGGGGAGGAAGAGGAGGACGAGGAGGAGUUGGAGGAUCAAGAGAGGGGCUCAUCUCAGCAGAAAGGCUCAGGGCACACCAUAGAGCUGGACCAGUCUGGCCAGACACUCAGGCACAAACACAAACCACUCAAACGAGAACGUCCUACCUCACCCAGCACAGAAGAGGCCAUUCAGGGGAUGCUGUCUAUGGCUGGUCUGCUGUGCUCCUCUGAGCCGGAGAAGGUAGCCUCAUCCCAGGAACCCUGGUGGUCCAGCCCCAGCCAGUGCUUACCGCUGGAGCAGAGGGAGCAGGUGCAGCACCAGCACCAGCGCCGCCUGCAGGGGGAGAAGAGCCCGAUGGACAGCCAGGGCAACAGCAGCGAGGCCUGGGACAAUCAGGGGCUCCCGAGCCCCCUCGGUCAAGGCCACAACGCCAGUCCAGAGACAGACUACCAGUACUGUGAUCCCUCAAUGUCUCCGCCGCUGCAUCCCUCCAAGAGACACGCCCCCAACCCCCCACCCAUCAGCAAUCAGGCUACAAAAGGCAAGCGCCCCAAAAAAGGGAUGGCCACAGCCAAGCAGAGACUGGGCAAGAUCCUGAAACUGAACAGACACAGUCGCGUCUUUGUGUAACACUCCAAAACCCCAGAGGAAGAUCAACAAGUCGAGGUGUAUUCUUGAAAAAAAGAACGUGUGUAUUUGUUACCAGACACUUUAGUGCUGUAAAAAUGGAGAAAUUAAGACAAAAAAAAAUGAAAGGAGAGAACACACUGCCUGGAGACGACCAUAAACAAAAAAAAAAAAAAACACACUCGCUCACUGUGCAUGCUUAGGAGACAGGGUAUCGGAUUUGAGGACAAAAAAAAAAAAGAGAGCGAGAGCAAGUUCACGACUUCACUACAAGCACACUAAGAACAAAACAAAAAAAAAACCAGAAGGGAGCUACGGGACGCGUAGAGAGAAGAGCGAGCGUGUUGUGAAGUGUUUCUGCUGCAGGGAAAAAGGUGGACUGACUCCUGCGGGCAUUUUUGAACGGACAAAGGAGAUGCUGGAGGUCUACCAAACACACACAAAAAAUAAAUAAAAAAACUGCUUGCUUUCCCCAAGGAGAUGGGCAAGAUAUUCCUACCGCUUCUGAUGCCAAGACAUCUGCAUCAUAUUUACGAAUAUUUCCUCUCUUUGCUGAACGCACCCCUCCCCAAACCCCUUUACAUCCCUCUUUACUUGCUUCACGGGCUAUCUGCGACAAACUGAGCGAGGAUGUGGAGGAGGAGGAGGAGCAGCAGGUGAAGGCUCUUUGGAGCUUGUCUUCGAGCCCUGAGCGAGAGGGGGAGAGAGAGAGAGCGAGAGAAAUGAGGUGCU